AUGAGCACCGAGAAGGAGACCAACGCCAAGAAGGCCAAGGGUAAGAAGGUCAAGCAGGAGGUCGAGGAGCCCAUGGCCGCGGUGGUCAAGACAGAGAUUGCUGCGGACGUGAAGCCCGCUAAGGAGCCCGUUGCCGACGCUGGAGUGAAUGAGGGGGACCUCGCCGCGCUGAAGAAGCUCAAGGAGCCGAAGUCCGUGAAGGUCGCCAGGCAGCAGCUCGCGGAGAAGCAGGUGGACCUCUCAAGCUUGACGGCUGAGCAGUUGAAGGAGCAGCUCCCGCAGAGCACCCUCAAGCAGCUCUACAGCUGCCUGUCUUCGACCCUGAAGACGCACGCGCCCUCCUUGCACGAGAAGUACCUGGCAGCCAUGAGCGACGCCGAGCGUCGCUUGUGGCUCACGCGCUUCAUCAUCGACCCGAACAGCGGCGGCUGCAGUGGCUCGACCAAGACGACGGUGAAGUCGGAGACGAAGAAGCUCACCCAUGAGGGGUGGAUCACCAAGACGCAGAUGGCGGGUCCGAACUACGCUGGUUCCCCAGAGCACGCCGAGAUCUACUCGACGUUCUUGCCGAGCAAGCCUCACGACCACGAGGCCUUCCGCAAGCUCAACGUCAUGCUGUACUGGUGGAGCGCAGAGAGCAUCCAGAAGUGCGACGGCAAGUCGGAGUCCACGGAGGUGGUGUCCGCGGCGGAGAUGUCAUCGUCCGCGUACGACCAGGUGCGGCAGGCGAUGCUGGACACCGCC